AUGAUUGCGGGGGAAAUUCCUAAUUGGAUCUGGAAAAUCGGAAAUGGGUCACUACAUUAUUUGGACCUUUCUUGUAAUAUGCUGGUUGGUCUCCAAAAGUCUCAUCGCAUCCCCACUUCUCUCCGGUAUCUGGACUUGCACUCAAACCAGCUUCCGGGCGAGUUUCCCUACCUUGAAGGUCUAGGUCUUUCCAACAACUUGUCACUUUCGGGUUCACACAGUUUCCCCGUAAACCAAUACUCCAGUUUAGAGUUCUUGGACUUUUCGGAUGACAUGAUUGCUGGGGAAAUUCCUAACUGGAUCUGGGAAAUCGGAAACUGGUCACUAAAUUAUUUGAACCUUUCUUAUAAUAUGCUAGUUGAUGUCCAAAAGCCUUAUCACAUCCCCACUUCUCCCCAGUAUCUGGACUUGCACUCAAACCAACUUCGGGGCGAGUUUCCCUCACUCUUGCUGCUAAAACCAUUUACUAAGGUGGAUUUCCCUAAUAAUCAUUUUGAUCAGUUUGGAAUUGUUGAAAUUGGAAAUGACUCUGCUCUCUUUGGAAACUCAGAAUUUUCACUCAGAAACAACAGCUUGUCCGGAUCAAUUCCAACCUUCUUUUGCACAGCUGCCACCUUUCUUGUUUUCGACUUGUCUUUUAAUUACUUGAGCGGUAGCAUUCCCCAUUGUUUAACUGAAAACACUUCUGCUCUCUAUCUAGGGAGAAAUAACAUCGGUGGUUGGAUCCCAGAUAAAAUUUCUCCCAGUUGCCAACUAAAAUCAUUAGAUUUGAGCGACAACAAUUUAGUUGGGGAUGUUCCACAUUCCGUGGGGAAUUGCAUAGCGUUAACAGUCUUGGAUUUAUCCAACAACAAGCUAAGCGGAACAGUUCCAACCUCCCUUUGCAAAGCCUCAGACCUUAGGAUUCUUGAUUUGUCUGUUAAUUAA